AUGCAAUUUCGAUUUUUUGCCGCACAAACGAUGCGCACCAAAGUGCAGUUUGAUUUUUAUGAGUUGCCUGCUGACAGCUACAUGAGCUUGAGAGACUCCAUGCUGGUUCACAUUGACAGGUUUCGCGCCGCGGAGCAUCAGCCAAUCCACACCAUGUUAGCGAUCGGCCUGGCCGACCUCGCGAUCCAAAUGGACCAUACCUGGCCCAAUGCUGUCGAGACCUUGUUCCAGCGCUUUGGGCAGAGUCCGGAGAGCUAUCCAACGCUCCUGGAGGUGCUGCGAAUGCUCCCUGAGGAGAACAACAACUACAAACUCAUGACGGACAGCUUCAAGCGUGAAUCUUGCAGCCAAAGGCUUCAAGCUGCAACGCCUCAAGUGGUCCAAUUCCUUCUGAACCUGCAAUGCCCAACAGUGCAAGCGAGAAGGAAAGUUUUGGAGUGCUUUCUGAGCUGGAUCAAGUACACCAACUUGCAAGCCUCAGAUAUUGCACAGAGUCUGGGCGGUUUUUGCUUGGCGAAGACUCCUGUCGUCUCACUGAGGAUGUGUUCCAGCGACAUCUCGGCGUACCAGCCGGUGAUCGAAGUGAUUUUGAGUCAAUUGGGCACUUUGAGGUCCAAGUUCGAGACGCAACUGAGCCGCGGCAUGGAAGUGGCCCUGGAUGACGAGCAAGACAGCUUGCUGCAAGUGUGCCGCAUCUACGUGGAAGUGGGCGAAUGUUUGGUGCCCCUGGUGAUGACCCAAUGUGCCGACGCGCAGAUCGUAAGUAUCCUUCAAGUGAUCUUGCGCUGCACUGACCUCCCGUCCGAGGAAAUCAGCUCGAUACCCUUGGAGUUUUGGCACAGACUGGCAGAUGAAGUUUGCAGGCAUCCUGAGACUGACGUCAAGAUCGAUCAAUUUCAGGGUGUCUACCUGGAGCUCCUGAGCGCCAGCAUCCGGCGUUGCACCCUGAGUACCACACAAGAUCCCUUUCUUGCGGACGAUGAAAUCGCCGCAUACAGACAAAGGAUUUUGGGCCUGGUCGAGGACUGUUUGGAAGUCCUGACGCCGAAUACUGCAUUAGAACAUGUACUGAAGAGCUUGCUUGGUGGACAGCAAAAUGGAGUCGUAGUUCAAGAGGCGCACUUCUUCGUGCUGACCAUGGUCGCCUCGCGCGCGGAGGUCCGCGAAGGCAGCGUGCUGUGGCAGCUGAUCCAGUCCUUACCGCCCUUGAUCUCGGCAACGGCGCCCGAAGGGGCCGAGCGCGUGGACGGGGCGAUUUUGCACUUCACCAAGAAGACGGCCAUCGAACUGUUGGGCAACCUGUGGCAGUGGGUGAAAACGAGGCCAGACUUUUUAAGAUCAUCUUUGGAGAUGAUCAGCAUGCUUCUGAUGGCUUCUGAUCCACCCAACAGUCCCAACAACAUGUUGGAACGCACCAAGCAAGUGCAGCAGGCGGCAUCCAUGGCCUUCAAGGAGAUCUGCGUCGGGGGCAAACUGCAUUUGCAGGAUCUGGUGCCCCAGCUGACGCAGCUCUACGUCUCUACCAUUGCUUUGCCCAUCCGCAUGCAUCUCUUCAUCGUUGAUGGGGUCGGAGCAGUCGUGGCGAGCCUGAAUCAGGAGGAGACCUUUCGAUCUGCGCUCGAACAUUUGGUCACCCCUCUGGUGCAGGGCUUGAACACUGAAAGGGAACGGCCCGUGGUCCUGAGUGAGAUUUUAGACAGGCUCACGACGAUCAUCCGACAGAUUCACAUCCGCGAGGGCAGUGCAAAAGCAGCUUGUGUGGGCCACGUGGCAGCAAAAUAUGACAGGGUGGAUGGUAUUCUGGUGCUCCUGGCCAUGUUCUUUUUGCUUUACACCACACAAAUCCUGGACAAGAUGCGUCAGCUGAUCAGCAGUACCUUUUGGCCGGUGAUCCGGCAAUGCUUGGCACAGCACCCUGCGGAUUCCAAGCUGGUUGAGAAGAGCUGCCGAUUGUUGAAGCAUUCUAUGCGCUGUGUGCCCGAUCUAUUCAAACCCAAUUUGUCCGAUGUGGCUCGCACUUUGGUGACUGCAUUUCAACAGCAUCAACAUUCUUCUUAUCUAUACUCUGCAGAGAUCUUGGCUCAUACAUAUGCCAAAGAUCCGGAGAUUGUGCCGGUGCUCACGGAGCUCUUCAAUCAGCUCAGUAGCAUUGGUUUGCAAUGCCUCAUGCAUUCCAAAGACAAGCUGGAAGAGAUCACCGAACUGGUCGAAGACUCCUGGACAUCAAAAAGGUGGAGCGUGGCGAUUUUCGUGCAGCAAAAGGAAGCGGUGGAGGCCAUCAUCGCCUUCAUCGAGUCAGUCCUCUCGCACAUCGGCGAGACCUUUAAGCUGGGGCGCAGAUAUGCGGAUGAGUCCAAGGCGAAGAUCGGGCAACUGCUGCAGCCACACGCCUUACAGGUGGCUCCGGGCUUCGUCCAAGCCAUUUUUCGACUCAUCGCCGGCGUGCCGACGAAAUAUGUGCAAGACUCGAUCCCUUCGAUCCUAGACCAUCUGCGGAGCGCAUUUUCUCAGGAAUUCCCUGCAUGGCUGGAGGCAGCUCUUACACAACUACCUCCUUCAGUGGGCUCCAAGGCUGAACUACAGAAGUUUGGAGAACACAUCAUCCGCGGGGACGACCAACGCCUCUACGAAGCGAUUCAGGACUUGUGCUAUCGCUGCGAGCAGGUGGUGCUGCGGAGCCGAGGGCAGGCAGAUGCGACCGUCGCCGGCCGCAAGAAGAAGUGA